UUGGUAAUAUUGCAGCAGUCUAAGCGCGAAUUGGUAGAGGUACACUCACAGAGUUUGAAAUGCCACUUGAAAUGCAGUCCAUCUUCUGAAACCGGUGCAGUCAACUCCCACUUUGGAAUAUUACUUUCACUCGGAAUCAGCAAGACUUUUUUUACUUAUUUGAUAUACCUCAAUCCUUCAGGUUUACUUGACCUAUUUACAUUUAUACUGGCAGUCAUGCCACAAAGUCCGAGCAUGGCGAGCAAGAAUUAUGACUAUGACUACGACUCCUAUCAACCCUAUUUUUACUACGACAACGAGGACGAGGAUUUCUACUAUCAACAGCAUGGUCAAACACAGCCCCCGGCUCCAAGCGAGGAUAUAUGGAAGAAAUUUGAGUUGCUACCAACACCGCCACUCUCGCCCAGCCGGCGACCCUCUCUCGCGAGUCUCUAUCCCUCAACAGCAGACCAGUUGGAGAUGGUUACUGAGCUUCUUGGGGACGACACAAUGGUUAACCAUAGUUUGAUUUGCGACGAGGACAACGCAAAGUCUAUUAUUAUCCGAGACUGCAUGUGGAGCGGUUUUUCAGCGGCCGCUAAACUUGAAAAAGUCGUUUCUGAACGUCUGGCAUCAUUUCAAGCUGCAAGAAAAGAAGCCGUUGUCACGACUGAAUCUACGGGGAGCGGUUCAAAUCGACUGAAGUCUAACGUUUGCUACUUGCAGGAUAUCAAUACCCCAGCGUCGGAAUGUAUUGACCCUUCAGUCGUGUUUCCCUACCCACUGACGGAAACCCCCAAACCCAGCAAAACAUCACAGUCGUUGGCUGUGGGCCUACCUCUUGAUACUCCACCCAAUAGUGGAAGUAGCAGCAGUAGCGACAGUGAUUCGGACGACGAUGACGACGACGACGAGGAGGAGGACGAGGAAGAAAUCGACGUUGUGACUGUGGAAAAGAGGAAAUAUGUGAAGCGGUCGGAAUCAAAUUCUUCAGAUGCUGCUUGCAGAUCGCAUCACAGUCCGGUAGUUCUGAAACGCUGUCACGUCAAUGUUCACCAACACAAUUACGCAGCACACCCAUCUACCCGAAACGAGCAGCCUGCGGUCAAGAGGAUUAAGUUCGAGAGCAACGGCAGCAGGGUGCUUAAACAAAUCAGCAACAAUCGAAAAUGCACGAGCCCCAGGACGUCUGACUCGGAGGAUAACGACAAGCGCAGGACUCAUAACGUGCUUGAGCGACAGCGACGGAAUGAGCUCAAGCGCAGUUUUUUUGCGUUGCGCGACGAGAUCCCAGACGUGGCCAAUAACGAGAAGGCCGCCAAAGUAGUCAUACUCAAAAAAGCGACAGAGUGCAUCGUCAGAAUGCAGACAGAGGAGCAAAAACUAAUUUCUGUUAAGGAACAGUUAAGGAGAAAAAUGGACCAGCUUAAUCACAGGCUUGACCUACUGAAGAGUUCGUAGUAAUGGACAAAGGAUGAGGGGUUCCAUGCCCUCUGGACUGCUGCCUGAAAAUACAGUUAAGCUCAAGACUGUUCCUCGAAAGCUCUGGCCACUCAUGACAUUGAAGCAAUCUGAUCUUUUUUGUAUACAGUUUCACUGCCUUGUUUAAACAUGGGCUACUGGAAGUCAUCACCUCGUUUAUUUUGUAUUUAAUUUUAUUUUUCGUAUACAAUGGCAAGAAGAUUUGCUACUGCCCUAAAUAAAUAUUGUGUUUUUGUAAGAUUUGUACAUAUUUGCUCAGAUGUAUUUCAGAUGUUGUAUUGAUUCUGAAUCAUAAAUGCAUUUGUCUAUGAAA